AUGCCAAUACCCUUCACAUCCCUACGCCUAACCCAAGACCACCUAAAGCUAGCCCUCAGCGCUGCGGCUGUGCUCGCCUCAACCCUCGUACUUCCAGCCGCUUACCGCGACUACAAAAUAUUUCAAUCGUACGGACCAGGUGGUGUCCCAAACAACGUGCUAGGAUGGGUCGUUGUUCGCGCGCUGUUCCAGCCGUUCGGGCGCGAGAUGUUUGGCACGGACGAGUAUGUACGGAGGAUUGAGGCGGCGGAGGGACACGGGAAGGGCGAUGAUGGAUUCCUUCUUCUAUCUGAUGAACAGCUUGGGAGCCGGCAGGGUGAGGAGCGGCCUAUUGUGGGGCCGCAUGUUGUGCCGCAGAGACAGCUGACGCAAGUGCCGGGUGAGGCCAUUAUGGAGAAAUUUCGGAAAAGUUUUAAUGCCUUUGCGCAUCGCAAUUUUCAUCUUGUUAAGCUUGCAAAGUCAAACCUGGAACGUCAUACUGAUGGAAUCUUUCUUGCGAAUCACCUUCCUUCCUCUGGGCUUGCGGAGAUCAUGAAGCGAGAAAUUGCGCAUAUUCAUUCUAGUAAUGAUCACUCGGUACAUGUUGUCCUUGCGCCGGCUGAUUGUAAAAGAAUCAUUGACGCAGGUUGGGGCCAGCGGCAUGCUUUGUCCGGCUCAUUGGCAACGACUUUUCUUUCACUUGGUACACAGACCAAUCUCCCUGCGGAGUAUCUCUUGAUCUAUGCACCGCGAACGGAGACAGAGAUCGAAACUGUUAUUCAGAUUGUCUCGGCAAGUAUCAAGUUCAUGACAGGGAGGGAGGAUGUGCGGUAG